AUGUUCGUGUUACGUUGUGUUAAAAAAAAAUUAUCUACGCCAAAUCUGAAAAAACUAUGCAGAAGAAAUUUGGUGAAUAACAUCUCCAGCGAAUAUGUGGUUAAUUCGGGUCAGUCUGAUCUUAUUGUGCCAAACGUUACUCUUCCAGAAUUUUUGACGCAGUAUCAAAACAAAUUCGAAAAUUUUAUCGCAAUAGUCUUAAUAUACAGGAUACAAAUCAGUAUUAAUUCUUUUUUUUUGUUUUCGUUAAGACCUUAUUAUAAGUACAAUUUUAAGCACAUAAUUUUUCAGGAAUGUGCCGAAACGAAGAAAAAGUACACCUUUGGACAGCUGAGGGACAAGAGUACAACAUUAGGAAAAUCGCUCCGAAAGCGUUUGAAAUUAAAAGAUGGUGACGUGGUUGCCAUAAUACUUCGUAACAUUCCUGAAUUCCCCAUUAUCAACUUGGGUAUAAUGAAAGCCAAUCUCAUUGUUUCUCCUGUGAGUUCUGCAUUCACAUCAGAAGAAAUAUCACGUCAGAUCCAAGAUUCUGGAGCAAAAGCAAUAAUUACCGAAGUUGUAAUACACCCAAAUAUCCGGAAAGCUCUUAGAAUUGCUAGAAGAAAAAUACCAGUCUUGGUAGUCAAAACUGAGAGAGAUCAAAGCAUUCCCGAAAGUACAAUCAAUAUUGAAGAAUUUAUUGAUGGCAAAGUUGAUUAUCCAGAAAUAAUUCUUGGUCAACCUGACGAUGUUGUUCUAAUGCCAUACUCAAGUGGCACAACUGGUCUACCAAAAGGUGUCGAGCUCACUCACAAGAAUAUCAUUUCGUCCGCAUUACAAACCUGCUUUUGUGACAAUGAUUUCCAAAAGGAGGCCUCAGGAACUCAUCAGGAGAUACUCCCAACCAUCCUACCUUAUUAUCACAUAUUUGGGCAAGCAAUUAUUUACGGUUCAAGUCUAGUAGGAGGUAAAAUGAUAGCAAUGCGCAACUUCAGUCCAGAAUUGUUCAUCACUACCCUAAAAGAUAAUAAGAGCACAAUAUUAUAUAUAGUCCCACCAUUAGUGCUGAUGCUAACAUACCAUGAAGCGGUCAAGAAAGAAUACCUAGAAUGUGUCAGUGCUAUUUUGAGUGGUGGAGCGCCAUUUUCAGCAUCUGACGAAAGAGCUUUUAUAGAUAAAUUUGGAAAUAAAAUACAUUUCUUGCAAGGAUAUGGCAUGACAGAAUCAGCUUGUUCAGCUUCCUAUCUCUACCCUAGCAUCAUGGAGAAAAUGGAAUCAUACAGAGGUUCGAUCGGAAGACCUCUACCUAACACACUUAUGAAGGUCGUCAAUCCGGAAGAUCCCAACCUAACAGCAUUAGGACCAAAUACAAUAGGAGAACUAUUAAUCAAAGGACCACAAGUGAUGAAAUCAUAUCAUAACUUACCGGAAGAGACCAAAAAUACUAUAACUGAAAAUAACUGGUUGAGAUCGGGAGAUCUGGGAUAUUAUAACGAAGAUGGAUUCUUCUUUAUCGCAGACCGUUUAAAAGAACUGAUAAAAGUUAAAGGGAACCAAGUAGCACCAGCAGAACUGGAGGCUGUCAUACGUUCUUAUCCUGGGAUAGCAGAUGCUGCAGUGAUAGGAAUUCCACAUAGGACUUCUGGUGAAGUUCCCAGAGCUUACGUUGUUGCAGGAGAAGAAUUGAAUGUGGAAAAGCUUAAUGAAUUUGUAAACGAAAAAGUAGCGAGAUAUAAGCAGCUGAAGGGUGGUAUAGCAGUGGUUGAUUCUAUACCUAAGAAUGCAUCUGGAAAAAUCUUAAGGAAGGAAAUAAAAGAAGCUUAUCUCAAAGAAAUCGCAAAAUGACAAGACAGUAUAUGGAGCUAAAAUGAUACAAAAUAAUUUCAUCAAAAACUUAACUCCUACAAAAACACAUCAAAAAUACACCAGAGCAUUAAAACAUGUUUUUCAAAGAGAAUAUUUGAAGAGGAACGUUGUGAAUUGUGAAUAGUAACGUAUAUUGCAAUAUAAUUGUAAUAUAUUGUAAUAGCUAGAGUUUAGAUCUUACAUGAGUUGAAUAUCCUUGUAUAAUCAACACUGUUAUUGCCUUCAAAAUUGUUUUCGAAUAGUCCUUUCCAGGAUUGUCUAUACUUCUUAGAUUUUGAUUCAUUUAUUCAUCAUAUCCAUUGAAAAAUCUGGAUAUAAAUAAUAAAUCUUAGGCAAAAAAAUCAAUAUUACUUCAAAUUUUCAGUUUAAAUUUUGAAAUGAGCAGAAUCCAAAAAUAAAAACAUCAUUCUGUCCCGUUAAAGCUUAUCUCGGAAAGAAUAGGAACUUAAAUUCUAUAGAAAAAUCGAGAAAGAGUUUCUACACUCACCAUGUAACAAUAAUGGAUUUUGCUGGUUUGGCUGAAAUUUUUUGAUGAUUGAUGGUG